GGCAGCGUUCGAGCGGACGCGCGCGCGGCGUCCUGGUCAGAUCCAAAAUGGCGGCGGUUGCCUGGGCUAAACUGGCUCGGGAUUAAAAACACGGGUCAGAGCCCGAGCUGUGGAGCGGCCGGCAGCAGCGGGAGAGAAGUUACCGCUUCUCCUGCUCCGCUUUUCCCCCCUGACUUACACUGAACACAGGUGAUUCCGGAGCUGUCAGUCACCCAUCAUGAAGCUCUCUGAUCUCAAAAUGAGCAUGCUCUUUGUCUUUCUGUAAAAAACAAAACAAAAAAAGCCACCUGUACACCCGCCUCUCUGAACCAUGCCCGAAGAUUAGAGCGCCCCGCCCCCUCCUUUUCCUCCUUUGCCAAGUACCGGAGUGAACCCCCUCCCCAAUCACACUUUUAAGUCUCGAUCACUCCCCCCCCCCUUCCUCUUGAAGAAAGACCGGGACGAUGUCCCCGUAUUUGAACAUGGCUCCUACAUAAGAUCGCGACCCCUAUCCCCCCCAACCCUCUCUCUCUCUCUCCCCCCCGCCCCCCACCCUCCCAAGUCCCAUGCGUCCCGUAAGCGGAGAUUCGUCGUCCGGUGCUACCCCUCCCGAGAGUGUGUCGUUGCUAGGCUCUCUGUCCCCGUCCGAUAUGUCGCUGCUGCAGUCCCUGGGCCCGGUUCAAAGCUGGCUGGGCCAGGAGCUGGAGAAAUGCGGCAUAGACGCCAUGAUCUACACCCGAUACGUCCUCAGCCUCCUGCUGCACGACAGCUACGACUACGAUCUGCAGGACCAGGAGAACGACAUCUUCCUGGGAUGGGAGAAGGGCGCCGGCAAGAAAUGGGGGAAGAGCCGGAGGAAGGGAGGGACAGACCUGAGUCUGGAGGAGAUGAAGAAGCAGGCCGCGGUGCAGUGUCUCCGUUCUGCUUCAGAUGAAAACUCUGGAGUUGAAAGUUUGGUCGAGGAGCUUUGCUCCAAGCUCAAGGACAUUCAGAACAAACAAAAAGAAAAAGAAAAGCAAACUAUCAAGAAGUCCGAUGAAUCCCGAUCUCCCGAAUUGGCAGAAUCGCCUUCUUCUAAAGAUCAGGUGGAAAUGUACUACGAAGCCUUUCCACCUCUGUCAGAGAAACCUGUUUGUCUCCAAGAGAUCAUGACCGUGUGGAACAAGGCUAAAGCAAGCGCGAAUUCCAGCUCCUCAUCUGCCGCCCCCCAGACAAGCACCGACACUUCCUCCCCGAAAGACUGCACCAGUGAGGGCGAAGUCUUUAAGGACAAAACCCCUGAUGCACUAGUCACCACUACCACCAACGAGAAGGCUCAGCAGCGACGAAGCAAGAAAGAAAAAGAGAACCGAUACCACGGGGGUACCUCCGGGGCUUGCGGCGACCACCACGUUUCUCAGAACAGAAGGCACGCCAGGCACCGAUCCGACCUGGGGCACCGUCCCCGGUCUUGGUCGUCUGGCUCCAGCGAGGGUGGCUCGAGCUCCAGCGGCAACCAGAGCGAGGUGAAGACCUACAAAGGAGCACGGGUCAGACACAAGUCUCGCGAGGUUGGCGGCAGAAACAAGAAAGGGCGGAGCAGCGGGCAGGUCAAACUGGCCCUGAAGGCUAUCGAUAAAGAAGAGCGCAGAAACACAGGUGGCAGUUGCAGUGCCUCCGAAGGCCCUUUGAAGCACCAACACCACUACACGAAGAAGGGCAAAAAGCCAUUAAGGGAGCUUCGGAAAGACCCCAGCUGGGUCGAUUUGAAAGAGUCUGGAGGUGAAGCCAAUAACAACAACAACAGGGAAUAUAUGGAAGAACCCCUAUGGUACACGGAGCCCAUAUCGGAAUAUUUCGUCCCCUACGGCUGGAGCAAACUAGAGACAAAGUAUCGGAGCAAACCGGAUUCCCCUAGCGAUCUGGCUCCGUCUGUCGACGUGGACGGUCUGUCCGAACAGGUCCAAGGGAUUUGCAUCGCAAACGCUUCCUUUCAAAGGGCGUACCUCGCCGCGGGCACUUUCGUGGACGGGCACUUCGUCGAGGUGUCGAGCGAGGGAAACGAGGAGGCCGCUGAACUGAACGGGACCUCAAGCUGCCCUCUUCCUGAGGAUGGUAAAGAUUUAGAUGAUGAGCAUCUGUCUGAAUUCACUCACUUCUAUGAAGUCGAUAUAUAUCAAUCCAUAUUGGAUCCCAGUGCCUCAGAUGCAGUACAAGAAAGCCGGAUCUUGAACAUGAUCCGGCAGAAGAGCAACGAGCCGAGAGACAUCGAGGCAGCAGGGCGUUGUGUAGUGUUAGACGGCUUUGAACUGCAGGCGGAAAGUGCAAUAAAGGCGGAUUCUUUGGGAGCUUCGGGAGACGACGUGAUUCUCACGCAGGACAUGGAAAACAUCGCUCACAUGUGGGAGUGCUGCUCAUCAUCUAGUUCUGAGGAGUUGGAAGGCGAGAGCUGCGCGGGGGACUCUCCGGUCAGGCUAUCCCCGCUGUUUGGCAGCGUUCCGUUCGAUGUGGGUGGGCUGUCGGGCGCAUUCCAGGAUCUGAGCGGGAGCACGUCGGCCCUGAACACCUGUUUCUCGCUCUUUGAAGUGCAGCGCGAUGGCUCCGCAUUUCCUUUUUCCUGCGACUCACUCACGUCCAGUCGCGAAAAUGUAGAUUCGAGUAGCUGUUUAGAUCCCCACGCAAACAAACAGUCCCGCUUGCUAAUCUGGACCAAAAACAGUGCCUUCGACGAAAACGAACACUGCUCGAACCUGUCGACGAGAACGUGCAGUCCCUGGUCCCACUCGGAGGAGACUCGCUCAGACAUUGAGCCGGUCGCCGGCCAAGCAGACGAGUCCUCUCCGUUCGGCUGCGACGACGUUGGCUGCCUGAUCCCUCCCGUUCCGACUUCGUACCUUGAGGAGGAGUUUUUGGAUUUCUUGCAGGAGAGCCCAACUCACCAGCAAGAUGAAAUGAGUGCAGGCAGGGUGUCCAAUCAGAGCUUCGGCAAGGUCUCUAAACUGGAGUCCAUUUGCGGAAUAGCGUUGGAGCAGGACGAGAGCAAACAGUACAGCACAGCUUUGUUUCCAGAAGACUCCAACCAACAAAAUGAUGAUUACAGCUCAGGAAUAAUUAAGGAUAUCUGGAUGGCCAUUGGAGACCGGGAUUGCGUCUUGGCUCUUGAAGUGGAGCAAGAAGACGAUGACGUGUUUUCCGAGGAGACGCCCAGCUAUCAGUGCGGCUGUCUCGAGAACGAGGUGACGGAGCCCAUAGAAAAGAAGGCUGUACAGCGUUCAGAGUACCACCUGUGGGAGAGUCAAAAGGAGGAUCAAGGCCUGGCCAAAAAUAAAGUCUCCAAAGUGGAUGGUGGGGACUAUGCAACGCCUGCCAGGCCGUGGGAUGUUAGUUCAGAGAAGGACAAUACAUCAUUUAUUCUUGGGGGAGUGUACGGAGAACUAAAGACAUUAAGCGGUGACAAAGAGUGGACCGUGGUUCCACCCAUCAACACCUGCGGGAGCCUGUUGCAAUGCGCGUCUGCUUCCUCGUCUGAUGUGGUGACCAUUGCCGGGACGGAUGUAUUCAUGAACACGGGUGGUUGCUUUGCUCCAGGCCAUAAGCCCCUGUGGCGACCUUUGGUGUCUUUCGGACAAAAUGGUCAGACUACCAAAGGGUCGGGGGAUGGACUGAAUAAGGGAUUUUCUGUUAUCUUCCAUGAAGAUUUACUCGGAUCCUGUGGAGGCUAUUGUGGAGAGCAGCAAGGACUCGAUUAUCCGUUUGACCUCGAUAACCCUUUUUCCCAGGUCCUGCAUGUUGAAUGCUCCUUUGAACCGGAAGACAUAGCCUCGUUCAGCCCAGGAUUCAAGCCAAAGUCCAUAUUGUGCUCGAACUCCGACAACGAGCCAUUCAGUCCGAGGCUAUACGGCAUCAAUCGCACUCAGUACCGGGCCAUCCGCAUAUCCCCGAGGACUCACUUCCGGCCGAUCUCAGCAUCGGAACUUUCUCCAGGUUGGUGCAGCGUAUCGGACGGCGAGUCUGAAAAAGAGGAGGCGAGUCUUCCCGUUACCGGUCAGACGGACCUCUUCGACGACCCGCAGGCGGACCUCAAACCCCUGGAGGAAGACGCGGAGUGCGAAGGCCCUUACUACGGAAAGUCCGAACUGGAAUCUGGUAAAUUUUUACCCAGGUUAAAAAAGUCGGGCAUGGAGAAGAGCGCCCAGACGUCACUCGAUUCCCAGGAAGGCGGGGGAACGACUCUGGUGGCCGUCGAGCCGGAGAUUUGUUUAGACUGCGAAAUAGCGGAGAAAUCCGCACCGGCGGCGGCGGCCGUGAGCUCUCUCGUUGAGGCACCUGCGGACACACCUCAGAAGGAAGAGUCCUCUAGGUGUGUCGGAUCAAGUUUUCUGAAGUUAGAGAAAUCCUACGACCUGGUCAAAGAUGUGCAUGAGUUUCCCCUGUUGAGCAGCCAGCGUGAGGACUGCUGGUGGCAGAACACGCUAUGUUCCUCUAUGUUUUCAGGAACUCGAUGCACAGCAGAAAGCAGUAACAUAUGAGUGUGCCGCAGAGCGCAGAGGCAUGUUAAAGCUGAACCCGAGCCGGAACCACUUCGGCUCUUUUCCUCCUUCAACGCUUAAAUCCCAGCAGAGGACGCUGACGAAGAGCGGCUUCAUCAGAACAGAACAUCAUCAUCUAAAAUCUCCAAUUAGUCUUUAAGUUUUGACCCAACCCCCACCACCUCUUACCUCUUUCCUCUCAUCCUAUGCUCUGUAGUCAGUACCAUCUAUUAGAAAAUUAAUCGAAGGGGAGCUCUGCGUGCGUGUGUGUGUGUAGGUUCUAAUGCUUCUUAGUUGAGUCGGGUGAUCUUUACUUGAACCUCAUCUCUAGAGUAGCAUUGUAGUGUUCCAUUCUGAGAGGGGUGUGUGUGUACGCGUGUCUGUUUUUCUCACACUAGUGUCACUCCUUAACAGUUAACCGAACCCUAAAAGUAAUGACACAAGACAUUAUUAUUAUUGUUAUUAUUUUCUUCCAGUUUAAAGGAGUGAUCGUCACUAGAGUCACAAAUUUGGCAAACGUGAAAAGGCAACUUUUUUUUUCCUUUUGGUUUUCUGAUUCUUGAAGAAUGGGUCCGUUUUGCGCUGUCGAAACUUCCCCCACAUGAGCAUAAUAAAUAUCCUCUUUAUGUAGCGCAUCAAAUCAGAGGGAGGGGAACUAAGAAAGCGUGGAAAAAGAGAGUUUGAGUUCUGCAUUUUCUUUUUACAGUUUACAGCAUAUGCAUUAAAAAUAGUUAUUAAAUAAACAUAAACAUAAACGCAGAUAUAAGCUAUAGGUGCGACCUCAUUUAAAUUUAUUUUUUUUUGAUGAGAAAAGAUGUGUAGCACAAAAAAGAAAGUGCAAUUGUUUGACGCUUUAGAAACACUCGCAUCGUUUCCGUCACAGCGGAAAUUUUGUUGCACGUCGCAAAUAUGCGUCUCCCCCGACAAAAAAAAAAAAAAACAAAGGCCAACAUGCUACUUGACGCCGAGGGGCUCCUGAUCCUCGCUCGUGUCGUAUUCUAAGUUUAUUUUCAGAAUGUAAUGGUUUUAUUUGCUUAGAGACGUACGAGACUCUUCUUUUCUCACUUUUUUUUUGCGUGUUUUUUGGUGUGGGUUGCUGCGUUUUUUUUGUUUUUUUUUCAUUUUAAAGGAAGCGGGUAGCAUGACGGCCAUGGUGCGGCGUGGAAAUAUAAAAAAAAAAAAAUCUAAACAAAAAUAAUUUUUAUAAAAUAAUAAUAAUUUAAGCAUUGCUGUUAAAGCAAAAGUAGCCAGCUCGGAGUGUGACUUUAUUCUUCUUUAGUGAUUCGUGCGAAAGUUACGAGGCUGCAUUUCGCUAAAUAAAUAAAUAAACAAAAAAAACAAGCAAAAAAUAUAUUUUAUCUUUUUUUUAAUUAAAUAAAAUAUGACCUACAUUUAAAUAAUUUAUUUAUUAAUAAAAAAAAUUUAAAAGUAACUUUUUUCCCCCUGUCCUGUUAGCCCCGUAACUGAAAGCGCACGAGUUAAUAGCAGAUAACGUACGUGCCUGUGCUGUUUGGCUGUUUGCUCAGUGGAAUUUCUCAAACUCGCACACUUUGUGCUUUAAAUCUUCCUCGUAUUAGGAAGGUCCAGGAUCGAGAAUUUUUUAUUUUUAUUUUUUUGCUCCCUCGUUGUUUUUCUUUACCUUCCUCACCACCUGUCCUAGAACGUUCUAGCAAAUAAGAGAAAGCGACGGACGUUAACUCCGUACCAAGUGAAGACCAGCACGAAGAUUCAUGAACACAAACAACACUACAUGAACACACACACAUACUCAGACAACUUUGGUCUUCACUUCACAUCGUCGAUCUCUCAUAUCUGCCCUCUGAGCCAGCUCAACUACUAAUUAUUAUUAUUAUUAUAUAAUUAAUAUGGUCAUUUAUUGUUUUAAAAAAAUAUAUAUAAUUUAUUAUUAUUUUUUUUUAAAGGUUGUUCCAGAUGACCCUAGUAGCAUCAGGGGUUUUACAUUUAGGGAGAUCUUCAUGUGAGUGAUCUCGGCGUAAACCCGAUACUCGCGCGUUAAUAUUCUUAUAGCAGCCAAUCCUUAAGACUGCUCUUGAAAGACAGGUCCUGUCCUGUGUAACCUUCGAGGGUGCGCGUCUUUUGUCAUAGGUCUUUGCAUUGCAUUAUUUUUUUUGAAAGAAACCUUCCAGCACGGAAUAAUUACUUAAAAAAAAAAGGUGUAACACUAUUUUUUUUUUUUUUUAUUACUCCCAUAAUGUAGCGAGUCAAGCCAAUUUUUUUUUUUUUUUUUUUUUUUUUUUAAACAAAUACCAAAAUAUAUUUUUUCUUUACUUGUAAAUAAAUUGCAGACCUGCUGUGGUUUAGAUAUGUGUUUAUCAUAACACUUAUCUUGUAGAUGGGUGAAUUCUUGUUAAAUUAUUUAUUAUUAUUAUUAUUAUUUAUAUAGUCCAGUUGAAAAAUAUUCACCGGCAUCCUGAUGCCUAAUAAGAUUAGUUCGUUUAAUCUUUAAUUUCUUGGCAUGUUCAGCAGAAAAAAUAUAAACGCUCCGUGUCAUUGAACCGCUCUUUCAGUUUACUCAGUAUUUUAGGCAAAAGAGAGAAAUAAUAAUUUUUAAAUAAUUAUUAUUGUUUUGAGCAUUAAAUGUGAAACCCUUGGCUGCUCUGACUUCUGGAACAUCCUGUAACAGUCCUGAAUUUAGCAGUGGUUUAGUUUGAUUGUGCCUCCUGGUGGCCGCAAUAGUGUGAUGCACACAACGGAUGAAGCACACAUUGCGUUUAAUUUUUUAUUAACCUUUUUUUUUUUUGGAGGAGAUAGGGGGAAAAAAGCAGAAAUAAGUACAGUACAAUUAAAACUAGUUCAUCAAACCAUCUUUAACACACCGCUCGCUUUAUGAACGAGUAAAACGGAUUGAAUUCCAAAUAUAUAUAAAUAUUUUUCUAAUACACUUCCAAAGGUGUUUUUUAAAUAUAAAAAACACAGAUACAACUAAAUAAGCAUUAUUAUUAAUUUAUUAUAAAUAUUAUCAUUACUACUAUUCCAGCCUGAACUACACCUGACAUCUGCAAAAAAAAAUUAAAAAGAAAAUAAAUAAAAAGAAAAACGAGGUUAUAAAGAAAAAGAAAUGUAACGAAUCUAUGGAUGCACGAGGUCGGUGAGGCGAGUCGGUAAUUGGACGUCAGUCCACAAUUUGCUUUGCUUUACACUGCGAAACACGUUUUAAAUCAGUUAAAGAAAAAGUGUUUAAGUUUUCUUUUUUGCUUUUAAUUAUUGUGCGAGUAUGUGUGGGUCCUCGAAAAAUAAAAAUAAUUAAAAAACAAAAAAUACGUAUCUGAGGUUGUUAGCGUUUAAUAUGUUUGCGAGAACCACAAAGUUUUGCGUGCGAGAGAGCGGAGUAGUGCUUACUCUUUCUAGACUUCUGUUCCAUGAUUUUUUUUGUUUUUUUUUGUUUGUGUGUUCAGAGGGAACGCGCUUCCCGAAUGCGAGUCAGGAUCGCACUUUGAAGCACUGAGGGUUAUUUUUUUUUCUUCUUCUUUCUUUUGUUCCUGUUUGUACCUUUUCAUCUAUGCAGCCCGAUGGGGUUUUCAUCACUCCAUCACCACCACCUGCGCCCCCGUGUUCAUAACCUCGACGCCUCAGUGCCACCGAAACACCCCCCCAAAAAACAUGGUCCCAUCGUUCUGGAUUCACAUAUAAAAUCCACCAGAGAUUUGUUUCAUUGUUGAGUUUCUGAAUCUAAUAAAGGAUUGAGUACA